UUUCACCAACAGAGAUAAACUUAAUGGAAAAUCGAGAUAUUUUUAUCGAGAUAAAAAGUUAAACUUGAAUUUUAAUCGCGAUGAUCUUGUGUCCGUUUCACCACGACUUAUCCUCUUCCCAGAUAAUCGAGAUAAUAAUAUCUCGAUAUUCAUUAUAAAAUCCCGAUUUUCUUUUUGAAAUCUCGAUGUUCGGAAGAAAAGUAAACAAAUAUCGCGAGUAGGUUUGUUGUUAUUCAAGUCGUGUAGCGAUAAUAAAGAUAAUGGAAGCUAAAGAAAACACUUGUUCCGCCAAAAAACCACGAAAUAAGAAUUUAUCACCAGAAGAAAAAAUUGUUUUGUUAGAUUUGGUGACAGAACAUUUUAACAUAAUUGAAAAUAAGCGCACGGAUGCAGUAACACAACAGAACAAAUUGAAACAGUGGCAAAUUAUUGCAAGUAGUUUCAACUGUGUGUCAGGAGUCCAUCACAGGUCUGCAGAUAACCUGAAAUCUGUUUGGGAAAAUCUGAAGAAGACGACACGGAAACAGUAUGCAGACGAAAAAGUUCAGAUGGUAACUGGGACAGGUGGAGGACCCCCCACAAAGUGUACAAAUGACCCUAUUUUGGGCCGCGUAUAUACUUUAAUAAAACCUGUAGUUAAAGGACACAAUAAUAUCUUUGACUCAGACUCAGAUGCAGUAAUGGUCAAUACAUUACAAUGCAUAAGUGAAUCAAACAACACAGAAGAAAAUGCAGUCGUAGAGCUGGAAAUAGGUUCGAUGGUGGACAUUGCUACCCUGGAGACUCAAACUAGUACACUUCUUAAUGGAGACUGGUCCCACUACACUCCCUCAAUGCUCAGAGGCCCCAUAUGUCCUGCUCUUGUACCACAAAAUAAUGCCAGUUCAACAUCAUCAGUUUGACCAGUGAUAUUCCCUUGUGUCAAAGAAACGGUUAUGGUAAGCACUGAGCAAGGCAACUGUGAAAGUACUUCAAGAGACCAUAUUCCCGAUAAUAGUAACAAUGUUGCAAAAUCAGUCCUUGAGUGUCAGUUGCCAAACAUCGCGGGGAAGUCUUCCUGGACUCAGAGACGGCGGCCAAAAUUGCAGUCCAGCAAGAACAAUGAAAUAAGUGCCCUCCAUAAAGCUAAAAUUGAACUAAUUGAAUUAUGUAAGAAAUAUGCAACAGAAGAAAAUGAAGCUAUGAAAGAACUGCGUCAAGUGAGAUUGCAACAAGAACAAGAAAGGCUGAAUCAUGAAAAGCUACAGACUGAAUUUAUGACUCUACAGAUUAAAAAACUAAAGAAAGAAUUGGAUGGUUUAUAAUUUUAUGUUUUAUGUAAUUUGUAUACAAUUUUUCUUUGUAACUCUAUUUACAAUGAGCAUUUCAAAGCAUCUGAUUUCGUAUAUUUGUAA